AACCAAAGACGCAAAGAAAACAAACUCAUCCAUCCAUUCCAACACUCACUCAAACCUCAAACAAACCAGCAAACAAACCAGCAAACAAACCAUGCCUCUCCUCACCCCCCUCAACACCCUCUACAAGGCCCUCAAGCCCAGUCCCAAGUCCAAUCCCAAGCAAAACACCACCACCGAAGACACCAAACCCUUCGCCUCGCACCUCGAAAGCGACACCUGCUCCAUCCUCAGCAACGCAACCACAGUGACCGUGACCCCUACUCCUCGGGGGAACGCCCCAUCAGAAAAACCUCGCCCUCGCCCUCGCUACGAGCCCGAUAGCAUGGACUAUGGAUCUAGCCGAUACAUGUCGCGGGGUAUGUCGACUCGGGCGUGAUGCGCGGGUGUUGAGUGUUGCUCCUCCUGUAGAGCUGCGGGAGUGGUGUUUAUGAUGAAAAUGGUGUUUUGGGAUAGAGUUUUUUUUUUUUUUUUUUUUUUAUGG